CAGACUCCACAAUGUCCACUAGUUCGACCCAUGGCUCAUGAUGAGUUUAAUGUUGAUAAUUAUCCCCUGGGAACGAACGCCGUUGUGGCUGUUAUAUCUUAUACGGUAAAUUCUGCAACACUAGAAUACAUAUAGUUUAUUAUAUUUUACGUAAAUUUUAUUAGCUUGUCCUAUGCAUUUGAAAGUUGUACAGUAUGGAUCAAUCUAUAAAUUCUCAGACCUAUAUGCGACCACAAUCUAAAGUAAUUUCUGAUCCAAAUCCUUACCAUGAUCCCAAACUUUUCCCAAUCCUUACCAUAAUCCUAACCCGUAUUUUAACACUAAAUCCUAACUGUAAUCGAAACACUAAUCUUGAUCUUAACCCUGACCUAAGCCUAAUCUUAACCUGACACUAACCUGCAGUUGUGCACUUUUAAGAACCGAUGAUACCAUUGCGAUAUUUGCUGCGAUUUCUAGUACGAUUUUCUUCUUCUGAUGGAUGUGAACGAGAAUGAAUGUUCUGAGUAUUAUAUCUGAACAUUCAUAACUCAUUCACUUGUUUACAUCCAUCACAAGAAGAAAAUCGCACCCAAAAUCGCAGCAAGAAGUGCAAGUGUAAACCGACCUUUAUAUGGAAAGCAACCCAUAGUACUUCUUCGUCAAACAGAAAAUUGCAGUAAAUAAGUUUCAUUAAUAAUUAGUCUUUGAAUUGUGAUUAAUUCAAACUGGCCAUUGUGAUGUCGUUGCAAGGUCUUCGACUUUAACGGAAUGUCAAAUUUCUGUUUCAGGGUUACGAUAUGGAGGAUGCUAUGAUAUUAAACAAGUCUUCAUUUGAGCGAGGCUUUUCUCAUGGCACAGUUUACAAAACAGAGGUAUACUAAAUACAAUAUGUGUACAUGUAUACAGGGGCGUAGGAAGCAUCAAAAAGUUGGAGGGCACCGGUUUCGAGGGGCACUUUUGGAAUGAAAAGGGCACCUAAAAGUUUUUCCCGGAAAUGUUGGCGCAGGGGGGGUUAGGGAAGGGAAAAUAAAGGCAAUCAUAAAUCAAAGGCCAUUGAGGGCGACUCACGGAUGAGAUCAAAUGAAAGUGACAGAAAGAAUUAAAGCAGUUUGCAGUUGUUUUUGUAAACGAGCACCGUGCAAAUUUUGCCAUUUGUCCUGCUCCAGCCCGAAUUCUGGUUCUGAAAGGCCCGAUUCGCAGGCAAACAGUGCUCGCCAAGCACAAUCAAGUAACCACAAAGACUCACAGAAGGUGGUGGCAAUAAAAAGAAAGCUGCGGAUUGGUAGGGAUACAACUACCUGAAAAAUACAAGGAGAACUUUGACGUUUCGAGCGAAGGAAGAAAUGCCUUCGCGACAAAGAGCCUUCGCUCGAAACGUCGAAGCUAUUCCCUGCCAAUCCGAAGCUUUCUUGUAUUUUUAUUACCUCCGUAAGGCCCAUUAUUAAUUAGCGCAUUGUAUAAUGUAUGCAUGAUACAUAAUUUAUUUUGCGUGCGGAGUUAUGCAGUUUUCGAGUGUUCUUUAGUUUGAACGUUUGAUUUUUUUACCAGGUGGUUGAUCUAGCGAAAUUUGCGAGUGAUUCGCGAAAUGUUACGCUCCGUUUUGGUACGUACACUAUGUUCUGCUACAGGCAUCGUGGAUUUCAUGUUUUCUGUGUCAAAUAGUUGCAGGUGAUACAUGGGAUGGACGUAAAACACACAAACCUAAAUCUAAAACGUGCGGUGACUACUCUACCCACAAUCCUCUGUUUGAAUUGAAAUUACUCAAUCUUGGACAUGUUAGUUAAGAAAAUUGUUAAUGUCAUGCUGUUGUCAUGCUGUUGUAUUCUUCUGGGGCCGGUUGUUCAAAGGUAGAUUAGUGCUAACCCAGGGUUAAAAUUUAACCCACUGUUUUAGUUUGCAUAUUUCUGCAUGUCUAUUUAUUUCAAAAUCUCAGAAAAGAAAACUUCUAAUGAUCCAGACAUGGUUUGUGAAGAAAUAUUUCCAAAUUUAUAAACAAGCUGUUAGGAAGUUUCCUUUGAAUUUUAAGUUAACCUAGGGUUAAGCAGGGGAGGCUUGUACGAAGGACAACACUAUCCACCGGAUAGUGAUUUUUUCAAGCUCUGUUAAAUCAGUCGUUGUUUGGUAUAACCCAGAUUAAAUUUUAGUCUUUAAAAUUAAAGUUUUUAUUAAAUGGGAUGUCCAUCCAUACAACUGGAACGCUACCUCCAACCGGAAAUUUGAAGCCAAACUUGAAGGCCAGUCCCAGUCUUUUCACGCAUGCGAAGAGCGCUCAAUCAGUGAAUCAUGAUAUAAACACGCGUGAUCUUACCUCCAGACACGCGUGUCUGGAGGUAAGACUUGGCUUCAACAAAAAGAUAGGCAGUUUAUCUGAAGGUAGCGUUCCAGUUAUCCUUAUCCGUAGCUUUAUAGCGUUUCAAGCAUUUUUACAACGGUUGAAAAAAUCACUGUCAGCCUUCGUGCUCGUCAAAAUACCUCGUUGAUGCGGCAGGCGUUUAUAAGAAUAGCAAACACAUAUACUAGACAAUGUGAUAAAUAAUAAUGACUAAUUCUUAUUCCAGACUGCUGAUUGUUUAAUCUACAAUCAUGGACAUAACUCCCAAUAUUACGAAAUUAAUCUACAUGGACAAAACAAAUUUCGUCACCCACUGCCAGUCCAAUAGUGUGAACAACCCCGAAUCAACUUUUGGUAGUGUAGAAACAGCUGUAGUGUGAGUGAGACACAACUAGAACUGAAAAAUAUAAGCAGAACGUCGACGUUUCGAGCAAAGAUCCUUUGGGAAGUUGGUAGCCUGCGAGCAGGCUCUCUAGGGUGACGAAGGGCCUUCGCUUUCUGCUACACUGAUAGAGACCGUUCGAGAUUAUAUUUUGGUAGUUUAGCCAUGAAGACCCUGGGGACGAGGUUGUUGUUUACCAUGACACAAACUGAUUGAGUUGGGGGGAGUGGGGGCUUAAGAGCAACCUGACUUUACAGGAGUUUGGAGUUUAUUUUGUAUAGAGGGAAAGACAGUCUCAACUAUAGUUGUGUCCAAGAUUGUCCAGGGUCUUUUUUGAACACAUGCAUGCUUUUGAGAUCGACAUGUUUUCGACGUUUGUCAUUGUAUUUUUAGGCUGUUUACCAGAUGAUAGCAGGGUUUCUGGAAAAUUAGAUAAAGAUGGAUUUCCACCUAUUGGAAGCAAGCUAGAGCAUGGUGAUCCUUGCUAUAGGUGGUGUAUUUUAUCAUCUCGUUCACCUGGAAAAUAUUUUUUUAAAAAGAACUGCAAAAAGAAGUCAAGAACGUUUUACCAAGAAAUGUCCUUUUAAAUGUUUUUAUAGUUAUAUUGAUCUGACAACGGGCGAUGCCAAAGUCAAAUAUUACCAUUACAUGGAAGCCGCGUAUUUGGAAUCUGUAAGUACAUCAGAAAGAUGCCAAGGGAAAAUCCCGUAUAAAGAAAGAUUGAUUUUAGGCUUUAAUAACAAGAUUUACUACUGCAGCAUUUAUUUAGCUGGGCAUAUUUAUAAUUACUAUUUCCUUAAAAAUAAGGGUGGCGGACCUUUAACUGAUUUUUAGGUGAAAACAUUUCGUUGUUUGUACUGUACAAUAUGCAUGAUGAAUGCUAUACUGUAACACUUCUCUAAGCUUUCCUGGAAGUUUUGACGAUCGCAUACUAGUGCGUAUUCGUUCAUCUAUUGAUUACUGUACAUCAAUAGAUAUAAUCAAUAGAUACAAUAUUGUUUCACAUUACAGGUAAAGUUCCUUGGUAAUGAUAAUGGCGAUGGUGAGUUACAGAAAGUAUCGUUGAAAUGGAGAAUACAGGUAUGAUUUAUCACUUCAAUGUUUAACUUUACUUUCAAGUAGUGGUACCGGGAGGGGGCGAAAUAGGCAAUCAUACCCUCCCCCACCCAUAAAAUGAAAUCAUGCUGAAAGCCUUUAAACAAUAGCUGAUCAAUUGUGUAAUAAAGCUGUAAAAAUCAUUUUAGAUCCGUGAAAGCCUUAAAUUAUUAGACCUUAUUAUCAAGUAAAAGUGCAUGAAAUUUAGGCCAAGAAUGUUUGAUUAGGAGGUUAAAAUAUGUUGGCAGCCUAAAUUUGCAUUUCCAAUAUUUUGCCACUGCUGGACAGAGCGAAACCUCCAAAUGAACCCAGGCUACUAUAUAUGACUAUGAUCUUAAAACAAUCAGGUCAGCAAAGGUUUGCUGAUCUGAAACAAAAACAGGCAGGCAGCUGGUCGGCAAAUUUAUCAAAGGCUUAUACAGAGGAACUUAGCUCAUUAGUCUUCUGUUCUUCUAACAUUUAUACUGUUUCAACUAAAGUACUGUGAAACAUAUUUUCUGAAAGAACCGGGGUUGAUAAUAUAAUUUUGUAGAGAAAUCCGAUCAUUGGUGACAAGUUCUCGAGCCGACAUGGUCAAAAAGGUAUCUGUAGGUAAGGUCUCCUGUUUAUUAAUUGUUGGAUUUAAUACUGUUGAGUUAAACCCAACAUUGUAUACAAUUAUGGGAUACUGUAGUAUAUACCGGUACAUUCAAAUAUACGCCAGAACAUUUUUGCAACUGACCUCUGUUCCGUUUCUUUUAUUUCAUAUAAUUUUAUUAUUAUUCUUUGAUAGUCAAAAGUGGCCAGCGGAGAACAUGCCUUUCUCUGAAUCAGGAAUGACGCCAGAUAUCAUUUUUAAUCCUCACGGUUUUCCAUCUCGUAUGACCAUAGGUAAGAGAUUUUAUUUCAACACGACCUACUCCUCUCCUUGCCAAUCCAGAUGAUUUAUUGUGAAGAUGCAUUCGUUUUUCUGGAGAUAAACUUGACGAAAUUUGUAUAUGUUGUGGUUUCUUAGUUUGUGUAAUGUCUACAGUAACUUUGUCUAAGGCGGUAUGUAGGUUUAGUUGCUAUAACAGUAGGCUAAUGGUAAUACAAAGUAAUGCAGUCCUUAAUUCUGUAUAUAUUAGCGAGCUUAUAUAAGAUGCACCAAAUCUACGGCGCGGACGUGAAGAAAAACUGUAAUAUAUCAUCGCUGUCCUUCAAGUAGAAAAUACUUUCAAAAAAUGUUUUACAGUGCAGAUAGGAUAAGUUGGGUGACGUUUUAUUUCAAGGUUAGAGAUUUAUAAGGAUCAAGGCCGCCGAGGGGCGGGGGGGGGGGGCAAAUUGCCCCAGGUUCUGGGGCCCCAGUCAUUUUUUUGGAAGAAAUAUUUCCGCACAAAGGGCAAGAUAUUUGGUUUUUUGGUUUGGUUUUUUGGGCAAAGUAACGAAAUUUGGUAUGAAAAAAUUGAGGUAAAGUCGCUGUAAAGCAAUUACAUCGUAUACUCGUCCGGAAAAAGGUUGUUGUCCGAAAAAAUUUUUUUCCGGAUAAAUUUUUGAAAUAGGGGCCCUUAAAAAAAUUUUCCCCGGGCCCCCGCCAAGCUCUCGGCGGCCCUGUUAAGGAUAUAGAGUUUCGAUCGAGAAUGCAAGAAUUGUAAACAGUUUAAGGACGAAAUCUGUGUAUUUCACCUGAGGAUGUUAAUAGGAAAAUGUACCCAUUAUAAGUUCUCCUUAAAAAUGUCUUAGAAUAGGAUUGCGUCUUGAAGAAAGCCGAACUCUUCGUAAAUCAUUAGCUCUUUGAUAUUCACUUCGUUUCCGUAUAGGAAUGAUGAUUGAAAGUAUGGCGGGGAAGUCAGCGAGUAUGCAUGGUUUAGUGCAUGAUGCAACGCCAUUCACGUUUUCUGAAGAUAAUUCUGCUAUUGAUUAUUUUGGGAAAAUGUUAAUAGAAGGUAAGUUGAGGCAAGUUCAUUGAAGAAACCUAAAAUUUUAUUUGGGAGUCAUUGAUCUACGACAUGGAAUUCCUUGUAAGUUAUUAUUCGAUUCCAUCACAAACAUGCUGUGCUUAUGUCUUUAUACCUAAAAUAUCUUCCGUACACAACCUGAAAAAAAUUUGGCAUACUGUUGCACGAAACGGCAUGCUAUAUUGAUGCUCUGAAUCUUUUCGAGUUCAAUAUGCAGGGACAAUCACUAAAGAUUCUCUUAAAUGUUUUUUUUGUUUAGCUGGCUACAAUUAUUUUGGCACAGAAAGACUUUAUAGUGGUAUAACAGGGAAAGAAUUUGAGGCGGAUAUAUUCUUUGGUAUAGUUUAUUAUCAACGACUACGUCAUAUGGUCUCAGAUAAAUAUCAGGUGCGUACUGAGCGGAGGGUUGAC